AUGCUUUGGAAAGACCUCAAGGUAUGGCAGAUCUAUGGCGCCAAUACAGAUGUCGGUAAGACAAUCAUCUCGACCCUGCUGUGUCAGGCUCUGCGGCGGCGAGCACAACAAAAUGCACUUUUAUAUCUGAAGCCAGUUUCGACCGGCCCGCAAACUGAUGCCGAUGAUGGACAUCUUCGCCGUUUCGUCCCAGGUAUUGUUUCCAAAUGCAUAUCUCAAUUUUCACAGCCGUUGAGUCCACAUCUUGCUGCCGAGCUGGACGGAAACAACACGAUACCGAGGUCCAACAACACAAUUCUUGCACAGAUCAACAAGCUCCUGAGCCAGCACAGCCAAUCUGGUGGAAGAUAUGCAAUCUUAGAGACUGCUGGCGGAGUGCUUUCUCCCGGGCCAUCUGGCGCUGUUCAAGCAGAUGUGUACAGACCAUUGCGCCUUCCAGCCCUUUUAGUCGGAGACAGCAAGCUCGGAGGAAUUGGGACUACUAUAUCUGCAUUUGAAUCACUGCACGUUAGAGGUUAUGACGUUGAUUCGGUGAUUGUCUUCGAUGACCCGAAAUGGGGGAACCACGGAUAUCUCCAGGAACACUUCUCAAACCACGGCAUCUCGACACAUGCAAUUCCGCCGCCCCCUUCAAGGCAGGAUAACUCCAGAGAUGAUGAACUAGCGCUCUCAGAAUACUACGAGACAUGCUCGACCUCGCCAGCAAUCACCAAUAUCGUGGAUCUCCUACAGCAGAAGCACUUUUCACGGGUCUCAAAGCUUAUCUCGUUACCCUCCCAAGCAGAGGCCGUGGUAUGGCAUCCCUUCCGACAACACGGUAUCCCACAGAACAUCAUCGCCAUCGAUUCAGCAUACGGCGACCAUUUCCAAGCAUACAACGCGGAGACCGACCCGGCAUUGACUGCACCGCCAGCCCAGCAAACCACGACUGGCCUGACACCACUAGCAGCCAUACCAACAGCCCAACCUCUCCUAACACCCCUUUUCGACGCUUCAGCCUCCUGGUGGACACAAGGUCUCGGACACGGCAACCCCGAGCUAGCACUUACAGCAGCUCACGCUGCCGGCCGCUACGGCCAUGUCAUGUUCGCGAACGCGAUCCACGAGCCUGCACUAGACAUCUCUUACAACCUCCUUCGCACCCUCCAGAACCCACGCCUCAGCCGAGUCUUCUUCACCGACAACGGUAGUACUGGAAUGGAAGUCGCCGUGAAAAUGGCACUACGCGCAUCAUGCCAACGGUACGGCUGGGCCAAGCAAGACGGAGUUGGAAUUCUCGGCCUGCAAGGCAGCUACCACGGUGACACGAUCGGCGUGAUGAACUGCUCAGAACCGAGUGUCUUCAAUGAGAAGGUCGAUUGGUACAACCCGUGGGGCCACUGGUUCGAGCCUCCUUCGCUAUUGAUGAAGGAUGGGAUCUGGGAGCUCUCAGUCCCAACCGACGUUGCAUCGGCCGAUAUGUGUGCUAAUCCUCAGAUCUUCACUUCCAUAGACUCGGUGUUUGAUUUCGAAUCGCGACAUGAGGAUGCGGAACGCUAUCAAACGUACAUCAAGAAAACAUUGACACGUCUGGUCAAAGAGGAAGGCCGCCGGUUUGGAGCUUUGAUUCUAGAGCCGCUGCUCAUGGGCGCGGGAGGCAUGAUAUUCGUGGACCCACUCUUCCAACGCACCUUGAUCACUACAAUCAGGACGAAUCCUGAACUGAUAGGAGUCUCUGAAAGUGAUACCAGCGAUCCAGGGUCUUGCUGGUCCGGCAUUCCCAUAAUUGCCGACGAAGUCUUCACAGGCCUCUACCGACUCGGACGGGCAAGCUCAUCGUCAUUCCUGGCAUCAACGUCCGAUCCCAAAACAACUUCGGGCCCCCAACCUCAGUCGAAAUUUCAAACUCAGAGUCAGCAGCCCCAGGUACCAACUGCCAUCGCACCAGACAUCGCCGUGCACGCUAAGCUACUAACGGCAGGCCUCCUCCCGCUCGCAAUCACGACAGCGAGCGAGGCAAUUUUCCAAACUUUCCUGUCCUCCUCCAAGACUGACGCUCUGCUGCACGGCCACAGCUACACAGCGCAUGCCGUGGGAUGCAGUGUGGCGAACACAGCGCUCGAGGAGUUCCGCAAGCUCGAUCGCACCGACGGAGCUUGGGAGUGCUUCAAACAAGCUUGGAAAAUCGACCUUGUCGAUGUCGGCCCUGACGGUGCAACAGCACGAAUCGCAGAUACGGAGCCCUCUCCCUCUGCAAAUUUAUAUUCCUUCUUCCCACCACCCUUGUUGCACCGCCUCUCACACCAUCCGCGACUCGCCGGGUGCUUUGCACUUGGCACUGUGCUCGUGCUGAAGAUGGCGGCGCCAUCGGGCUCAGCGGGCGGGUACACGUCGACGGCGACAACGGCGCUGCAGGCACGACUGUUGACGUCGCUUGACUCGGAGCAUGGCACUAGCUCUGCGAUCCAUUCUCGUGUGCUCGGUGACAUCAUCUAUUUCAUGACUAGCCUGACGACAACGCAAGAGGGCGUGGAGAAGCUGGGUCGGAUGAUUCUGAUGGCUCUGGAUGCCGAGGAGUGA